CAAUCACGCCCGCCUACACGCCCUACCAAAACUCCCUUUAAACACCCUUACACACACACACCGCCACAAUGGUCAAGCUCGAGGAAGUCAUGGAUGAGGAGUUCGUCCGCGAACAGGACGGCCCUCAUGACGAGGACGACUGGGACACCGAUUCGGAGUCAGAUACCUCGUCCAUCGCCUCUGCGCCCACCGACGAAACUCUCUACGAGCGCAUCCUCGCACUACAAGACAUGAUCCCCGCCAGCACACGACGCAGCAUCAGCUCGAAAGUAAACACCACAUCGUCAUGGCUCAAGUCGGGACUGUUUAUGGGCGGCAAGACGCUGUGGGUAGUGAGCACGAGUGCGUUGCUGUUGGGCGUGCCAUGGGCGCUGGCGUAUAGUGAGGAGCAAAUGAUUGUGGAGCAGGAGAGGGCCGAGUUGAUGGCGCAGAGGGCGCAGAAUGAGUUUAUGGCACCUGGUACACCGACGCCUGGACAGCCGCAGGGCGCGAAGCCAGCUUUGUAAGGCUUUUCUAUACCAUGACGAACGGAUACACGGCGGCAAUGGCGCUCAGCUUGAUGCAUCAGCUGUGUGGAAAUGGGGAGGGGCGUUAUGAAAAUGACAAUCAUAUGCAUAUAGCUCAACGGUCACGACCUGUACUAUAUUUCUCGACUCUUCAAUAAUGUAUUGCGCAUUACAUCA